AUGCCCAAGAUAGAUCUAACAGUACAACAAUUACGUGGUUAUAAUGGAAUCGAAUCGAACGGACGAAUUCUUACUGCAAUCUACGGGGAUAUAUUUGAUGUUAGCCAACGCAGCGAUUUGUACGGAUUAGGAGGAUCAUAUUCGUUGUUUGCUGGCCGUGAUGCAACGCGUGCAUUGUCGAAGAUGCAAUUAGAUCCGUCGUUGUUUUCGAAUGAAUACGAUGAUCUGUUAGAUUUAACUGAUAAAGAACGAGCAACUGCACGAAGUUGGCACGAAGAUUUUCGAGAAAAAUACGAUGUUGUUGGUCGUUUACUAAAACCAGGAGAAAAACCAAAUGUUUAUCCAUCCGAAGAAACAGUUGUUGAUGGUGGUGGUUACAAUUUAAACAAUAAGAAGAGAGAAUAA